UUUGUUCUGUAACCUAGUGGGGGACCGGAAGUUGGGGAGAGGAAUAAAACGUACACCGCUACGACUGGACACACACAUGGUGGUCUCCGACUGAAUUAUUGUUCAUAGCACGGCCAACUGAACAUGGUGUCAGAAGUAAAGUCGAUUAACUUCUUUAAUAAGUGUAGUGUACCAGUGUAGAUAGGUAGAGCGUGCUGUUUGGAGAGCACUUUUCACGCGAAUCGAUUGAUUGCCACGAGUGAGGUGUACCCUGGCUGACGGAGGAGCAUACCCGACGCAUCGGCAGCAUGGCUAACUACAAGAUUUCUCCGCCAGAAAAGUUUUCGUUCAAAGCGGAAGACUGGACGAAAUGGAUAAAAAGAUUCGAAAGAUUUCGCAUUGCUUCUGGAUUAGAGGAAGAAGAUGACGAAAAUCAGGUGAAUGCAUUGAUUUAUUCAAUGGGGGAAGAAGCGGAGGACAUUUUACUUUCCUUGCACUUAACCCCGGGAGAGGCAAACCAAUACAAGUUGGUCAAAGAGAAAUUGGAUGGACAUUUCAUAGCUCGCAGGAAUGUUAUUAUCGAGAGGGCCAGAUUCAAUGUGCGACAACAAGAAGUUGGCGAGUCAGUCGACAGCUUCUACACCGCGCUGCAUUGCCUCGCUGAACACUGCGGAUACGGGGCUCUGCACGACGAGAUGGUAAGGGAUCGUCUUGUCGUGGGUUUGAGAGACAAGAAGUUGUCGGAACAAUUGCAAUUGGACUCUAAACUAACAAUGGAUACUGCCAUUAGCAAAGCGCGGCAGAGUGAAAGUGUAAAAAAGCAACUUGCAAUGCUGAACACGAACUUUAAAACAGAAGCAUGCAACACGCAAGUGGACAGUGUGCAGGCACGUGGUGCCAAAGUCACGAGCUUUAAGAAGAAGCAGCACACGAGCGGACAGAUGCCACAGAACGCAAGUCGUGACAAGCAGUCACAGUGCACGAGGUGCGGAGACACUCGAGGGCAUACUCUUCAGCAAUGUCCAGCGAAAGACGCUGUGUGUAACCAAUGCAAAAAGAAAGGACAUUAUGCGAGAAUGUGUAAAACAAAAAAGAGACAAGCUGCCAAUGUAGCAGCAGUGGCUGAGUAUUUCCAUGAGGACAGCGACGAAGAUGUUGUGUUUUUGGGCUCUGUGUCCGAGAAAGCGCAGGCCAGCCCAUGGAUGACUGAAGUGACAAUGGACAAUCACAAGGCAGUGUUUAAAAUUGACACUGGGGCCGACGUCACAGCUGUCCCAGAACAACUGUAUGCCCAAGGUCAGUUCAACAAGCUGGCCAGAGCAACAAAAAUCCUCUAUGGACCGGGUGGAGUACCUUUGAAGCUGAAAGGAAAAUUCACAGCCGUCCUUAGUAACAGCAAGCAUAGCACACAUGAGGAAGUGUAUGUGGUGGAAGGACUGCGCACACCACUUCUCAGUGGAGCAGCUGCUAUGACGCUUCAGCUGGUCGCCAGAGUCAACAGCAUCAGCCUAGACAGCAAAGAGACUGUAAAAAGAGAAUUCCCAAAGCUCUUCUCUGGACUGGGGAAAAUGGAGGGUGAGUACACCAUUGUACUGAAGCCAGAUGCGAAACCUUUUUCCCUGUCAACGCCACGACACAUAUCGCUCCCUCUCCUGCCAAAGGUCAAGGAGGAGCUGAGUCGUAUGGAGCAGCAAGGAGUGAUUUCGAAGGUGGAUGAGCCUACAGCGUGGUGCGCACCUAUGGUUGCGGUGCUCAAGAGCUCAGGAAGAGUUAGAAUCUGCUCAGACCUCACAGAGCUGAACAAGUCAGUAAUGAGGGAGAAACAUCCAUUGCCGUCUGUCGAACACACAUUAGGACAGCUUGCUGGCGCCAAGGUUUUCUCAAAACUUGAUGCCAAAUCGGGAUUCUGGCAGAUCCCGCUCUCCAAAGACUCUUCUCUCCUCACCACGUUUAUCUCGCCUUUUGGGCGGUAUCACUACAACCGGCUGUGUUUUGGGAUAUCGUCUGCCCCAGAACAUUUCCAAAAGCGCAUAUCUCGCACACUGGAAGGGCUGGAAGGUGUUCUCUGUCAGAUGGACGACGUGCUGAUCUGGGGCGCGACACAGAGAGAGCACGAUGAGAGGCUGAGGAAGGCACUGGUGCGACUUCAGGAGGCCGGCGUGACCCUCAAUGACAAGUGUGAGUUCUCAAAGCACAAGAUCAAGUUCUUGGGCCAAGUCAUUGAAGCCACUGGAGUCAGCCCUGACCCUGAUAAGGUGAGAGCCGUAAAAGACAUGGCAGUGCCCAGCAACGUCAGUGAGGUCAGAAGCUUCCUGGGAAUGACCAACCACCUAGGAAAAUUCCUACCUCACCUAGCGGAGAAAACGCGUCCUCUCCGUGACCUGUUGAGGAAGUCCAACAUGUGGGCCUGGGGGCCUCAGCAACAACAAGCCUUUGAUCAAAUCAAAGAAGAGUUGACAACGCCACCGGGUCUUGCCCUGUAUGAUCCGAAUGCAGACACACUCGUCUCAGCGGAUGCAUCAUCGUAUGGCUUGGGGGCCGUACUCCUACAGAGACAAGAGGGAGCAGACUGGAAGCCGGUAGCGUAUGCUUCAAGAGCACUGAGCGACACAGAAAGGCGUUACGCUCAAAUUGAGAAGGAAAACUACGAUCGUCGCCACAGAGCACACGAAAUGCCACCCCUGCAGGAAGGUGACCACGUCUGGGUCAAAGACAUCCUGGAGAGGGGCACUGUGGUGUCUCAUGCAGGCACUCCACGGUCCUACAUGAUCGAGACACCAAGGGGCACUCUGCGACGGAACCGUUACCAUCUGUCACCCACCCCUACAGCACCAGAAACUCCCACCGUCCUACAGCCAGACACACCGGGUGAAGACGAACCAGCAGGUGUGAGUACACCUGCAGCACCGGUGUCUGGUGAUGAUUCUGGUCAGCAGACACGUCCAACAGGACGAAGUACCUCCAGGAGUACCUCCAGGGUACCUGAAGGACUAUGUCUGUCAAUAAACCGGAGGUUAAAAGAAAAAAAAAGAGAAAAUGUGUUUAUGGUGCACAAAAGAAAAAAAUGUGUUUAUUGUAUCAGUUGAUAAUGCUGAAGAUGUUUAUUUUCAUGCUGAUGAUUUAUUUCAGAUGUAUGUUUACAAAAGAGUUCCAGAAUGUUUACUCUUAGGUUAAGGACCAUUUUGUCAUUUGAAAUACUGUAAUGGUUAUAGCACUGGCAAUAACACAAGUUCAAGAA